GCCCAGUUGGUGAUCCUGAGUCUGACGUAAGCGCUGCUGCUGUACUAGCAGGAAAGAUGGCCGCGGUUGUGGUGUGGGUGAGGGAGGCAGUGAGCGGCCGGGUGUCCGUGUGUGAAGCGCCGCCGGGAGCUCUGGUGCGGGACCUGUUACCUGUCAGGGUCUCGCCCGGGCCUCUGUGUGACUUUUACGUGAAGUGCAAUGGACGUCGAGUCGGCGCAGAGGAGCCGCUGUGGAGUGGGCUUGUGUACAGCGUGGAGCCGCGGCUAUGUGGCGGCAAAGGGGGGUUCGGCUCCAUGCUCCGUGCUCUGGGGGCGCAGAUUGAGAAGACCACAAACAGGGAGGCCUGUCGUGACCUGAGCGGGAGGCGGCUGAGAGAUGUCAACCACGAGAAGGCCAUGGCAGAAUGGAUAAAGAAGCAAGCAGAGCGCGAAGCCGAGAAAGAGCAGCGGCGCCUGGAGAGACUGAAACGUAAACUGGCCGAGCCGAAACAUUACUUCACUGACCCAGAGUAUCAUCGACAGUGCAGCGACAUGUCAGAGAGGCUGGAGGACUCCGUCAUCAAAGGAUUACAAGCUUCUUCCAGCUCGGCGGUUUCAGCAGAUACAGGUGACACUCGAAAACGCAGGAAAGAAAUACACAGCAGCGAAAAGGAAUCUGGGAAGAAGAAAUGCUUGUGGACGGGGUUGGAGGGUUUAGAAGCGUCUUCCAGUUCUGAAAGUGGGAGUGAGAGCGAUUCCGAAUCCGCCUCUACAUCUGCGUCAUGUAGCAGCGCUGGACAGAGACCGCAGACAUCAGACAGUGAUUCUGAUGGACCUGCACAGUGUUCUUCCGCCGCCGGACAGAGUCCAGAAUGUAGCCGAGCAUGCAGUUCUAUGUGCACAGAUGCGGAGCAGCCAGUAUGUGACCCUGAUAAUCAACCGCAGAGCUCCUCCGGUAUUGCGAUCACUGAGCCCGAUGCAGGACACAGAGAAGCCGACAGCUCCAUGCAAGAGUCCACCGAUGUAGAGCAACCAGUGUGUGAUCCUGAUGAGCAACCGCAGAGCUCCUCUAGUAGUGCAGAAACCAUAGGAGUAGACUGCUCCAUGCAAGAUUCGGAGCAACCAGUGUGUGAUCCUUGUCCGACAGAUGCCAGGGUCAUCUCGGAAGCGGAGAAACCACCGGCUCCUACUGACCCACCGCAAGAAGCCUCCAUUGCAGAUACCACAGCCUUCGACCUCCUCUCGUUCACCUCGGCUGCAGAGCUGGAAGCGCUGGGGCUGGAAAAAUUGAAGGUGGAACUGAUGGCGCUCGGGCUGAAAUGUGGUGGAACGCUGCAGGAGCGCGCCUCCCGGCUCUUCUCUGUGCGCGGGCAGAGCAGAGAGCAGAUAGACCCUUCACUCUUUGCAAAACCAAGCAAAGGAAAAAAGAAAUAAAACCGCAGCGAUAUUCCCAGAGUAUUGAAUCGGACCGGACUUUACACCAAGUGUUCAUGGAGCCCCGCUUCCAACAAAGCCAAUGUUUUCUGUAUUCAUUUUUAUUAAAGUUUCUAUAUUUUAAAGUUUCAA